UUGAAGGUCUACGGGUCUCAGAUUUUCAGCUUAUUUCUUGUAACAAGGAUCAAAAAAAUAACGGUGGGUUUUCACUUUCCAUGUUUCCAUUCCGACCUUUAUUCAACUUACUGUCACUGUCAUUUGCCUAACUGUCAAAAGCAGUCAAAUAUUUUUAUUUGUAAAAGGUAAAUAAAAUUUGAUAUUGGAAAAUAUACAUAAUAAAACAAAAUAUCUUUACCAAAAAGUUGAACAAGAUGCUGUAUUUGGAAGAUUAUUUAGAGAUGAUAGAGCAUUUACCUCAAGAAUUAAGAGAUAGAUUUACAGACAUGAGAGAAAUGGAUCUAACUAUUCACAAUAACAUGGACGAACUCGAAAAAAGGGUUAAAAAUUUUUUCAGUGAUUGUAAAAGGUGCCCUAAUGAUUUACCUCAGUCAGUUGAAGCAGAAUUUCAAGGUAUCAGAAAGGAAUAUUAUAAAACUUUGGAAGAGGCAGAUGAAAAGGUUCACCUAGCAAGCCAGAUGUACGACUUAGUCGAUAAGUAUUUAAGGAGAUUGGAUUCUGAGCUACACAAAUUUAAAUGUGAGUUGGAAGCAGAUAACAAGGGUAUAACCGAGGUUUUGGAGAAAAGAUCAUUAGAAUUAGAUACACCAAAUACAACUCCAAAUAUUUCAUCGCUUCAGCAAAAAGAAAAUCGCUACGACAGUGCAUUUAGAUAUUCUAGACCAAGAGCUGAAAAGCGAAGGGACAGUAGUGUUUCAAUACCUGCUCAAUUGACAGAAAAACGCCAAGCUGUCACGCCGGUGGCGCCUCCUCCUUUAAUAGAAACAAGACACGCUACCACUUCCGUUCAACCAAUUGCCCCUUCCUCUGCUACCACUACAACCAUGUCCUAUAAUCUCGGGCAUAAUUUGGGAGCUGGACCUGCAAUCGCAGCUGCUGCUUCCCAAGCAAUCGCUGCAACCCAACAGAUGCAACAAGGUAGAAGAACUGCUAGCCUAAAGGCAUCUUACGAAGCUAUUAAUACCGGCGUGCAUGGUCAUGAAUUUGGUAUUGGGAGAGAAUUGGCAGGUGCUGCGCAGACUGCCAUCCAAGCUAUCCAACAGGAUCAUGCGAAUAACAAGAAAAAACAAAAAAAAUGGAAUAGUAGUAGUUCGUCCAGCACAUCUACUGCUACCGUUGUUCAACCAGUAGUAUCUACUCCAGUUGUAAUACCACCGCAUGAAUCUCCAACAGUUGACACCAAUUCCCAGAAUGCUGAAGUAACAGAUGGUGAAUGGACUUACGAUCCAAACGAACCUAGAUAUUGCCUUUGUAAUCAAGUGUCAUAUGGUGAUAUGGUUGCCUGCGAUAAUGAGGACUGUCCAAGUGAAUGGUUCCAUUAUCCUUGUGUUGGCAUAACAGCUCCGCCUAAAGGAAAGUGGUAUUGUCCUCAGUGUACUGCAUCAAUGAAACGAAGAGGUGGAAGAAAGAACUAAUUUUUUUCGCUACCAGUACCUAGACAGAUGCGUUUAAUUAGAUAUUAGUUGAUUAAGAAACCUGACAUAUUAGAACAAUAUUUGUAAUUCGUAUAUUACAAACAUUUAACGUGUGUCAAAUUAUCAUCAAUAAGUAAAUUGGUUUAAGCAUAGUUGGUUUUUCCCUAAUGUAAUAAAUUGUAAAAAUCCGACUUGCAUCAAUAAAGCAUUUUUCGAAGAAA